AUGGCUACUUUACAUUUAUCUCCAUCCAGCUGUGAGGCCAAGGUGGAAGAGGCUAUCCGACGUUUUCAAGCGCGCAAUCCCAAGUCACUUGAGCACCAUGAAGCCGCUAUCGACAGCAUGCCUGGCGGCAACACCAGAACCUUGCUGCAUACUGCACCAUUCCCCGUCGUCAUGGUUUGUGGUGAAGGAACUAAGCUCUACGACCUAGACGGACACGAGUACCUUGAUUUCGUGGGAGAAUUGACAGCCGGUCUUUAUGGACACUCAAGUCCUAAAAUAAAGAAAGCCAUGACAGGCGUCUUGUCUGACAUUGGAUUGAGCCUCGGGGCGACCAACAUAUACGAAAAGAAGUAUGCAGAUCUUCUUUGUUCCCGAUUUGAUCUGGAUUCACUGCGCUUUGCGAACUCGGGCACGGAAGCAAACAUACAUGCUCUUGCCGCUGCCAGGGAAUUUACUGGUAAGAGAAAAGUUGUGGUUUUCAGAGGUGGAUACCAUGGAAGUGUUUUGGCUUUUGGGCUCGGAAUUGCACCGAAUAAUGUGGAUCCGCACGAUUGGAUCUUGUCACAAUACAAUGACCCCGAUGCACUGAACGAGGUUUUCAAUACGCAUGAUGAUAUUGCUGCUGUCCUAGUCGAAGGCAUGCAGGGAUCAGGUGGAGGAAUUCCUGCAUCCAGAAAGUUCUUGCGAGCCAUUCGGGAACAGACGCUCAAGGCCGCUGCAGUGUUUAUUCUUGAUGAAGUCAUGACUUCGCGGCUCCAUCCAGGCGGCAUGGCAGCUACUAUAGAAGAGAAACCCGACUUGAAGACUCUAGGAAAGUACCUCGGUGGCGGCAUGCCAUUCGGUGCAUUUGGAGGACGAAAAGAUAUUAUGGCCGUUUACGAUCCCCGAAAACAAGGAUCGCUGUCUCACUCCGGAACUUUCCAGAACAAUACUCUCAUGCUGAAUGCUGGCUAUACUGGGUUGGCCGAAGUCUUCACCCCAGAUGUCGCUAUUCAAUUCAACAAAAACGGCGAUAACUUUAGAGCAGAGCUUCUGGACAUUUUUGAGGGAACUAAAUUUACGGUAACGGGGGUAGGCUCAUUAAUGUGUAUUCAUUGCACUAAGCCCGGCCUGACCUCGGCCCAAAUCCGGGCAAAAGAUGAUUAUGCUCCUCAUGAAGAUGUGGACCUCAAGAAGCUUUUCUGGCUGGAAAUGAUGGAGGCGGGAUUUUGGAUUCAUCAGCGCGGAAGUAUCGCUUUGAACCUAGCUAUGGAGGCGAAUGCAAUGGAGGCUUUUGUACAGGCUGUUAAGGCAUUCUGUUCUAGGCAUCAUAAACUAGUACAUUUUCCCGGUCAAAACAUUGAAUAG